UUGCUACAUAACGCUCCAUUCAAAGCCUUUUAGUAAAAUAAAAUUGCUACUUCCUGUUUUAGUUCUGUGGCGAGUUUGUGGUAAAUUGUAAAUGGUGCGUUCAAGUGUUUUCUUUUCGAAAGCAUGUCGAGGUUACUAAUGUUAUUUACAGAAUCAAGUAUGUUUGCUUCUGUACACUCUUGUCUGGUCGUAAAAUAAGUCUUUAGAAUGUGUAAUCUAAUGACGACCAUUCUCUUCGCUUAUGUGAUGCGAAGACGCCUUGAAGACUUCAUUCAUAGCACAUAAUGGGCGGAGCACCGACGGUCAUUAACACUUGGUACUGCUUCCUAUAGCUGUUAGGAACAAGCUGGCCAGUAUAAGUCUACCAAAGCUGUUAGUAAGAUUACUUGGGAAGACUUUAAUAUUUACACAAGAAGAAUAGUGUGUGAUUUGCUGCUUCUCCACUCGAUGAUGGCCCUGGGUACCCUUGCUGCAUAUUACGAGCUGAUACAACUGCCCGCCAUCAGCAGACAAGUUGGACCUGAAGCCGCACAGGAUCUUUACUGUGAUGAUGGUUUAUUUUAAGAGCUAACAACCGUGGUUCUCACAAUAAGCCUUUCUAAGCUGCCGAGGAAGUCGCUCAACGGCCUGAUCGCGGAGGAGAUUUUCAAGUGUGUGUUUUGUAGUAACUGGACCAUGGAGACACAAACCAAUGUGCUUCUUAUCACCGCCAACGUCGGGUCACUCUUCGACAACGUGGGUGAAAUUCAAAACGAAUGGCUUCAGGAGCUAUACAAGACCAUCUGCAGAUACCAGCCGCAGUUCAUCGCCCUGCACUUUCAGGAGGUGGGAGGGAAAGAGUACAUGGUCAACAUGGGGCAUGCAGAAAAAUUCUUUUGGAGUAUAGAGACCAGUCAAGAACUGAAAGACUUCGACAGGCGUUGUAUCUAUGUGGACAACCAGUUCCAAGCAGAAGAGAGCUUCACGGCAUUGGGCAGCAUGUAUUUCAUCCACAAGACAUUGAAGAACAUCCGCCAGUAUGACUUCAGUGUUAAGGAUUUUAAAGCAGUGUCGGGACUGAACAAGUACGUGGGCUCUCUGGAUGGGGUCAACACUGUGGAAAAAGAAAAAUUCCCAAAGAAUUUCUGGCCUGAUUUCAAGUGGUCCAGGAAGGGCUUCAUGAGGACCCGCUGGAUCAUCCACAACCGAGGGUUGGACCUGGUCAACGUCCACCUGUUUCAUGAUGCCUCCAACCUCAUUGCCUGCAACUCCAGUCCGUCCAUUUACUCUGCCAACCGCAAAAAUGCACUGCAAUACGUCAUCAACAGUAUAUCAGACAACUGCUACACUUCAAUGCCUUUCUUCUUGUUUGGAGAUUUUAACUUCCGUUUGGACACGCUGAGUCUGGUUCAGCAUCUUUCUACCUCGGCGGACAUCCAGACCAUAAAGAAGGACAGCACGAAUGAAGUGCAGAAAAUAAUCUGUGAAGAUGACCACCAGGUGCUUCUACUGAUCGAGGACAAGCUCUUUGCCUACCUGCACCAGGCUGUGUUCAGAGAAGACAAUGGCAAAGCGCUACUUAAAUACGACAAAGAAGUCACAGCUUUUCACGAUGUCGUUAGAGAAGAGGAAAUCCAGUUUCCACCAAGCUACCCCUACAGUGAAGAAUACACUAAACCAACCCAGUACAUGAACACUCGCUGUCCUGCAUGGUGUGAUCGCAUUCUAAUGUCACACACUGCGCAACAAUUGAUCCACAGUGGGGCUGAUGGAGAGAGGAGUGUAAUAUACGACACAGUGGGUCCUAACGUUUGUAUGGGAGAUCAUAAGCCUGUUUUCUUGUUCUUUGCAUUGAAGACAAAUGAACAUUGACUUGGGAUCUUCUCAGUGAUAAACCAUGCAGGAACAACCGGAACGUCCUGAAUUGGUGCAGCAUCAGUCGAAAAAGAAAGAACUGUCACCUCAAAGUAGAAGUUGAUUCAAACUCAGAUCAUCUGAUGCAAAACCCCAACUUAAAACCUUUUCAUCAUUACAGACAAACAAAAGUCCAGUCUUUUUUUUAUUUUUGCUGCACGAUCAAUUACAGCAUAUCAAGACUCUUUUGCCCAAAUGGACACCAAGGUAUCCACUUGAACUCUAAAUACAUUUUAUUAUAGACAGGCAACUUUAUAACAAUAUGUUGAGAACUCAUUUAAUGAGCCACCAGAAAGUGUUUUACUAACCGUUUUUGUGGAUGUCAAUUUGUUUGGCAUUUUAUACUGUCUGCAGUCAUUUAAAAGAUCUUUUACCAUAAUGUUUUCUUUACUGAUGGGGGGUGGUCAUAAUGACAUUAACAUUUAAUUGGGGCAUGAGAAGUAAUGUGGGAGACAAAAAGUGAGUGAAAAAUUUUUUUUGUUUUUUCUGUGUGCUUUUACAUGGGGAAGGGAAGGAGCCUACAGCAGCACCUGCUGCUUGUUGACAAAAGCAAUUUGUCCUUUUGUCUCAGAAAACAGUUUAUACAUGUUUAUUUAUGCCUUUGUGUUAUUGUUAAUAAUCACGCAUUACGAUUUCACACUUUGUUCAGCGCUCCUUCAAUGCACCACAGUUAUAUCCUUUCUCCAACACUGCCACAGCUUAAGAAAUCCAUGCACCAUGACUUGCACCAUGGCAUCCACCAACAUUUUAACGUUGCUUGAAUUCUGGAUGACGUACUUUACCACAAGCAAGGUCGGCUUGGAGGUCAGACACUUUGAAAAUUCAUUUAGAUUUUUUUUGUCUAAUCUGCUGUUAUAAAACUGUUUGGUUAAUAGUUUUUAUAGAAUUUAUUUUAAUGUGAUAUUUAUGACAUCAUUAUAACUACAGAUAAAAUAUUAAGUAUUCAUUGAUGUUCUGGCUGGAAAUGACACACAGAAUGGUAAAAGACUGAGAUAUUGUAUUAAAUAUACUGUAUUUAAAACAAAUAUUUGCCUUUUUCUUUUUUAGCUUUUUAAAAUGAUUCAUGACCCUGACUAUUGUGUAGAAAACACAGCCUGGUAACAACCAAGCACGUUUAA